AAAUAAAAAUCUGUCAAUUUUCUUCAUUAAACGAAAAAGAAAAAUAUUUUUUUAAUCCAUCCCAAGUUUUUAUUUUUUUUUAAUAAAAUGAAUAAAUAAUCUCAUAAGAAAAUGUUUGUAAAACUAAAGAUACAAUUUAACUAAAACUAUAAUACCAACUUAAUUAAUCUCAAUUUGUAUUUAUGAGUUUGCUAUUGGCCGUGUUUAAAAAUUGGUCAAAUUGGUGAGAAAAAGCAGCAAAUUCAUCCGAAUUGGGUAGGUAAUUGCCUUUGCCGGAGAAUAGUUUAUGGCGGUGGUGGUAUUGGUGGUGUGGUGCUCUAUCAUCAUCCACAGGCAAUAGCACAGAGUAGCGACUAAUAGACACUAGCAUUCUCUGUGCCCUAAUCACCUUUUUUAAUCUUUUCUCCGAGUAAGAGUUGAUUAAGGUCGGCAUUCUCAUAAAAAAAAUUCCAAUGAGAUGAAUAUAAAAUAGAAAUUCAUUUAACAAAAUUGCAAUUGUAUUCAAUAAAAUCAAAAACGAAAAAGAAAACAAAAAUAAUAAACAGAAAUAAAUCAUGUCGUCUGCAUUAGAUAUACAAAUAUCUAAUCCUCCAAAUCUGGAGAAGAUUGAAAAUUUCCUCAAAGACUCGACAUACAGGGAAACGAUAGAAGUUAGUGCCAACUUCAAUACUAGAUUAUGCAUCGAACGGAGACUGCGGUUGCCAUUCCUCGAUCCGCAAACCGGUGUCGCACAGAAUCAUUCCAAUUUGUUUAUGGACAAAAGGCAACGAAUGCCCGGCUUUCGGCAGGGACAAAUAUACACGUAUCCGGCGGCGAGAUGGCGCAAGAGCCGCCGUCAGUAUUUGAGUAAAAUGUACAGAUUUCCCGAUCGACCUUUCCAAGCACUUCGUAAAGAAGAGUCUGUCAGUUUGGUGAUUCCCAGUGCAAGUGUUGCAGCAGCUGCUGCAGCAGCAGCAGUUACUAUUCCUUUGCCUCCAACGAUUCCAGCCGAACCGGAAUUCAAUGGAGCCUUACUGGAAGAAUCCUCAUCCUUAGGUGGGGCUGGUGAUACAUCAGAUAGCAAAGACAGCCAGCAACAUCUCAAAGAAGAACUACCCAAGGAAUGGUUUUACGAUGACAUGGAUAUCAAUGAAAUCGAUUCAUUGGAAGAACCAAAGUCACCAGCCGAUGACGAAUACGACUAUGACCCACGUUACGGCAACAAGAAACGAAGAAAGCGACGACCGGGCAAAAAAUCACUUGGUACCCCGACAGAAACAAGUCGAAAGAGUCGAUCGAGUGCCACUGGAGCCGGUGCGAGUGGCAGUCGUGGCGGUCGAGGUCGACGCAAGGUACCCAAAGACGCCACCAGUCGUCUAUUGGAUCCUCCGAGCCCCGGAAUAGGUACAGAGCCGCCAUCGUUUGAAACAGCUGCGGCAGCGGUAGGAGAUAUUGCCGCCGAUGACCACGGCGAUCUGCGCAACUACCGAAAGUACCUGUGAAAUCUUCCCGGCGAGCACUUCGAACAAAUCGAAUUCGUUUCGUCACUGUGCUUUUAAUUUAAUUAAUUUUUUUCUUUUUAUUUUGUUUCUAAUAGAAGUUUUUUUAUUUUAUUAAUUAUUAUUAUUAUAUUUAAAUAAUCAAAUUAUUUUAUUGCGGUUCCUCAAUUAAAAAAAAAACAUCAGUCCUUCCGAUCUUUUAUCAAAUCAUGUCCGCACUAAAACAAAAAUAAUAGAUAAAUGUUACCCCUACCCCAGCGUCCUAUAAAAAAAAAAUACACACACAGAAGCACUUAAGCAAUAAAAGUAAAUAAUAAAAAAUAAUGAAUUACUUUUAUAGUCCCAAAUGCUCUGAUCUUUAAUAGAAACAUACCAUAACAUAAAAUAUAGUAAUUUAACAAUAGUGGGAUUCUUUACUUCAAAAUCCAAAAAAAAAAAAAAAAAAAACAACUUUUUACAUUUUUAACAACAAUUUCUGUUUAUGCAUGAUCAAUUGAUCAAUUAGUUUAUUUUGUUUUAAAAGAGAAUUGCACUAUUAUAAAAAAAAAAUAAAACAAACAAAAAAUAUAAAUAUAUAUAUAUUAAAUUUAUUAUAUUAUUAUUAAUUAUAUAUCAUUAUUUUAAAUUUAUAAUAUUUUAUUUAAAAAAACAAAACAAAAACAAAAAAAUAAUGUUAAUUAACCUCAACACUCAUCUGGAAAUUGUUUUUUUUUUUAUCAGAAAUCGAAAUAAAUAUUUUGUCUCGUGUGUUAGAUAUGAAAAAAAAAAAAAAAUAAAUAAAAAUAAAACAAACUAAAUGCAAAAUCAAUGUAAUUAUAAAUUUCGAUUUAAAAUAAAUUAACAAAAAAAAAAAAAGAAAAAUGAAUAACUGGAUACAAAAUUUGAACAUUUUUGAUUAUGAUACAAAAAAAAAAGGGGAAAUACAAAACAAGCAUUCAAAUAUGUGGGAUAUAAAUUUAUUAAAAAAAAAUAAAGAAUUAAAAAAUAUACAAA